AUGUCCGUCCCUGCAUCCGCCGAGUGCCAUCUGCUCCCCGGUCUGCCCCACGACCUCGCGCUCGCCUGUCUCGCGCGCCUGUCCCUCUGGGACCUGCCCGCCGCUCGCUGCGUGUCGCGCGCCUGGGCGGCUGCGAUUCGCAGGCAGUCGUUCGGUCGCCUGCGACGACGCGUCCGCGCGGAAAGAGGGGGGUGGACGGUUGCGGGGCGAGGGGAGAGGUUGUGCCGGCGAACAUCUGCGGACCUCAAGGCAUUCCCCAGGUGGCGCCGCCUGCCCCCGCUUCCCCCCACCAACCCCCACGCCCACCCAGCCUGCUACGGCGCUGCUGCCACGGUGAUUCCCGGAACCGGGUUCGCCAUCGUGGGUGGCGCCGUGCCUUCCCAGUCAGGCAGGCCGCAGCACGUGCGCCACGUGUCAGUGUUUGACUGGCACAUGGGCGCGUGGUUUGCUGUGCAGCAGCCGUGCAUGCUUCCUAGAUUGGACCCCGUGGUGGCUGCAAUGGGUGCAACGAGUGAGGGGCGGACUUGUGGAUCGAUACAAAAGGCAUGUGCGGGGCGCAGUAAUUUGGGGUGGCGGAAUUGCCUCGUGGUUGUUGGAGGCUGUCCUGUGCCGUUCUUUCCAAGGGGGAGCUCUGCUGGUUCAUGUGGUAGAGUUGCUGUUCGCCCCUCAGAAGGGAGGGUAGUUGAGCAUCAUCCUGCUAGUUCACCUCCAGGGGCUUCUCCUAGCAGCCACGUGCGCCACCCGUUCCUGGGGGUGUGCACGAUGUGCAUUGCGAUGCCUGCAGACGGAUUCGGUGCGGACGAAUGUGACAAUGACGAGCGUGCCAGUAACAGCAGAUCAGAGUCUAUUCAUAGCAGCGACAGCAGCAGCGGUGGCGGCGGGGGCAGCAGGGCAGUUACAAGCAGCAUGCUGAGCGGUUGCAGUUUGACUGACGGAGGCAGCAUCAGGGAGCAGUACUAUCAGUUCCCAAGGCUCGACUCACUUGUCCUUGGAGGGCGGGUGUUUGUGCGACGGCACGUGUCGCCCUACUUUGCUGUCAACCCAGGAGGCUUCAACCGCCACGCACACAGACCAGCUCCACCUGCUCACACGACCCAUGGCCCUGGUAACCGUGUUACUGGCACUGGCGGUAGGGCUGGUGGUGGUAGCAUGGUGUCAGAGGCAGGUGUGGUGGAGGUUGACUGGGGGAGCGCUGAGAUGUGGAGGGUGGUAGAGGAGUCUGACGUCAUCCAUGCCAUCUGGACAAAAACACACGUGGCACAAGUGAUUGUAGCAGAUGUGACUGAAGCAGAUACUGGGCUCGCAUGGGGAAUAUUGUUCCACUCCACCCUGCUGCACACCUAUGCCAUCCUGCACACCUAUGCCACCCCGCCCACCAACUACAUGGUCUAA